UGUAUCUGGAAAAAAAUAUCACCAAAGAUAGAUGUGUGGAAAUAUUUAACCAUGCUAAAGUCCUCAACUCACAAAAAUUGUCUAGUUUAUCGUUUGAGAUGAUGCGAAAGGAGUUUAAUUUCAUUAGGCGCACAGAAGAUUUUCUGUCUCUGGAUGAAUGUGAUGUGAAACAACUGGUGGCAUGUGAGGAUUUGUCCAUCGACUCGGAAGACGAGGUUCUUGAAGCACUGCAGAGUUGGUGCUUGGUGGACUCUGAGAAAGACUGUCGACUGCAAGCACUCAGCAACUUGUUGCUCUCCGCAAGAACAUGUCUGGCCAGAAGUUCAUGCCUUCAAAAUCUACUGGACUUUGAUGUGAUUCGGGGUAACAAGGAAGUAACCAGAACUUUCCAGGAGGCUUUAAACUAUCACACACUUCCAGGUAGCCGCCAUGAUUACCUUCCGCCACAAGCCGUGCACAGAGAGAAAAGCAAACAUCAGAAUGUACUGGUCGUCUUCAACCUUGGCUCUAAUGAACAAAUUGGAGAAGUAAAAGGAAACCUUCCAACUCAAGCUGGGAAUGGAAUGGAGAUAGUCAGGAUGACUAAUGCAGAGUUUAACACAGUAAGCAGCACAGUUGCUUUUGGGGAUUUUCUGUUUGGCCUGUACACAAACCUCACAACCUUUAAGUAUGACUUGAGAACGGGCUCGUUUUGCUCAGUACCAUCACUUGUCAAACCAGGGGCUAAUUACAAAUUGGUCUCGCAUGGUUUGUAUAUCUACGCCAUUGGGGGCAAUGGGUACGACAAUAUCGAACGAUUCCCUGCUCAAGAGGACAUUGUCAGUCCCGGAUCGGCAAAGUGGGAGCAAAUCGGCAACUUGGUGCAACCAGUGAAGAACACAGCGGUGAUGGUGGUCAACAACAGCAUCGUCGUUUUUGGUAAUGACCUGACUCCAGAGCAGCGCAUUGUGGUGCAGCGCUUCAAUCUUUUGACCAGGCGCUGUAAUCAGUUUCGGGACGAGAUGCCUGGCCUCGCCGAGUCGGCUGUAUGUCUGAGAGAUAGAGACAACCACUUCCUGUUACAACAGGAUGGCUCUCUAUGGCGUCUUGUGGCAUGCAGUGACUCGAAUCUGCAGAUGGUGUCUGAAGGCUCGCUCUGGGAGGACAACAUAGUGCUGCGUGGUGCCAUUGUCUGCAAAGGGGAGCUCAUCGUGCUCGGCAAGCUGAAAGAUCCAGACGCGGCAGCGGUGAAACAGUGGAAAUUGAAGGAGAACUUCUUUUUCUCAAAAGUUUGUGUCUUAAAUCUUGCCGGAAGUGGCAUGAUAAACACUGUUGUGCCAAAAGGAAUGCGCUCUCAAAUUACGCAAUGCAUUAUUACGCUGUGAAGGAAUUGAACGUAGGCUAUGAUAAAAAACAUGACAUUGACAACACACUGUCUUAUUGUGAGUGUCAUGUUCGUUUCUGUGUCUGGAUGCCUACAUGCAGCCCUACUCCCUAUAUACUCUGUCUUUGCUAGUCUUUUUUUGUGUGUGUGGCAAACGUAUGUGUCUUUUUUUUUUAACUCCAAAAUGUGGUCAUAUAACCCCUUUGUGGCCUGUAUUUCGUCAUAUUUUCUUACACAGCGAGCGAGUUAAGAUGCUGCUGUGACAUACGGUGUUCGUCAUGUCUUGCGAAGCGCGAGGACCGUGAUGACGUCUUAAGUUGUAUUCUGCAUACUGUUUCUAUUAUAAGACGCAAUUUGUAAAACUAAUCACAGAUUCACAUUCAGGAAUAUUUUUUUCUGUACUAAAAAAUCUUUUCCUUUUAGACAUAGACAUCUAGUAGUAUUUGCAAACGGCGUCUACGUAUAGGAAACUGACACACUAAAUCUAGCGCUACUCUGUGUGCCGGGGAAGUCUCUACGCUCUCUAACGUUAGAGAAUGUAUACAAACCUGUCUACGUUUUUUAAAGAAUCAAAAUUAAUAGUAACAUGCCUGAAUUUGAACUUCCGGUUGAGGCUGGGCUACUUUUCUAUCGCUCUUCUUUUUUUUCAAUUUGGUUUGCAUCCCGUUUUGUCGUUAGAUCUACAUAAUAUAGGUCUGCCAGGUCACUCACUGGGUUAUAAUGGGUUAUUUCUGUUUCCCAGUUGGUUCGGGACUGAGGGGUACAAGCGACUGAGGGUUUGAUUUAAAUGUCUCUUGAAAUCAAAGCUGCCUGGAGGGUCAUAUACUAGAUCUAUCGUAGACCUCUGCCUGGUGCUGAUGUGACUGACCUGACCUUGGCUCAAGUGAUUUGAUUUCAGACAGUGAUGUCACAUAACACACCAAAUCAGCAAUGUUUUUCCACACAUUUGGAUUUGAUAUCAUUUAUGGUUUCUCACUCUCUCAUGUUGUAUCUCAUACCUUAGCUUUGAGGUGGGAAUACGAAAUCGCAGGUAAACUGUAAACUAAAUACUAAUGAUAGAAGGCCUGAUCUUCAGUGACUUAAAAUUAUAAGUUAUAUUCAAUUAGUUUAGGAGGAGGAGGGGGGGGGGUGUAGGGUCAGAGUGCAUCUUCCUUGUGUGAAAAGUGUA